AGACAAUGGAGAACGAGCAGCUUCUUCUCUCCGGACGUUUCCUCACAUGAAGGUGGAAAGUGUGUGUAUGUCGACCUGAAGUGAGAUCAGCAGGUGGGGGCUUUACCAUGAACCGGUGUGAGGACAGAGAGGAGGGAGCCCCUCCCUCUGAAACCCCUCUGUGUGGGGAACAUGAGAGCCAGACCAGAGCUCAGAGGAUGCAGCAGCAGAGACCAGACUCUCCUGAACCCAGCUGUGUGUCCAUGAAGAGUGGUUGGUCUAUGGGUCACUAUAUUGACCUUAAAGGUGGACAACCUGCUGAUGGAAGGAUGCAGCAGCAGAGACCAGACUCUCCUGAACCCAGCUGUGUGUCCAUGAAGAGUGGCUGGUCUAUAGGUCACUAUAUUGACCUUAAAGGUGGACAACCUGCUGAUGGAAGAGUUCUGCAGAAAAGCUCAGAGGUCCACAGUGAUCAGUCUGUCCAGCAGCAUCAACCAGGCCUGGACUCUAUAUUUAUGGUCCUAACAGUCUCCAUGCUGAGAUGUUCCAUUUAUCAUCUGUUCCAGCUGCUGGAGGAGAACAUUGUCACUUUUGUGAAGAACGAGCUGAAGAAAGCACAGAGAGUCCUGAGACCAGAUUACCCAGAAUGCUUAGAGAGUCAGAGGGAGGAUGAGGAGGUGUUGGACAGUGAGAAUGAAGAGCAGAAGAGGAGCAGCAGAGAGGCAUUUCUGAAGAUCACACUCAACUUCCUGAGGAGAAUGAAGCAGGAGGAGCUGGCUGACUGUCUGCAGAGCAAAAGUCAUGCUACAAUUUGCCAACGUAAACUCAAAUCUAACCUGAAGAAGAAGUUCCAGUGUGUGUUUGAGGGGAUUGCUAAAGCAGGAAACCCAACCCUUCUGAAUCAGAUCUACACAGAGCUCUACAUCACAGAGGGAGGGACUGGAGAGGUCAAUGAUCAACAUGAGGUCAGACAGAUUGAAGCAGCAUCCAGGAAACCAGUCAGACCAGAAACAACCAUCAGACAAGAAGACAUCUUUAAAGCCUCACCUGGAAGAGAUGGACCAAUCAGAACAGUGAUGACAAAGGGAGUGGCUGGCAUCGGGAAAACAGUCUUAACACAGAAGUUCACUCUGGACUGGGCUGAAGACAAAGCCAACCAGGACAUACAGUUCACAUUUCCAUUCACCUUCAGAGAGCUGAAUGUGCUGAAAGAGAAAAGGUUCAGCUUGGUGGAACUUGUUCAUCACUUCUUCACUGAAACCAAAGAAGCAGGAAUCUGCAGGUUUGAUCAGUUCCAGGUCGUGUUCAUCUUUGACGGUCUGGAUGAGUGUCGACUUCCUCUGGACUUCCCCAACACUGAGAUCCUGACUGAUGUUACAGAGUCCACCUCAGUGGACGUGCUGCUGACAAACCUCAUCAGGGGGAAACUGCUUCCCUCUGCUCGCCUCUGGAUAACCACACGACCUGCAGCAGCCAAUCAGAUCCCUCCUGAGUGUGUUGACAUGGUGACAGAGGUCAGAGGGUUCACUGACCCACAGAAGGAGGAAUACUUCAGGAAGAGGUUCAGAGAUGAGAAGCAGGCCAGCAGGAUCAUCUCCCACAUCAAGACAUCACGAAGCCUCCACAUCAUGUGCCACAUCCCAGUCUUCUGCUGGAUCACUGCUACAGUUCUGGAGGAGGUGUUGAAAACCAGAGAGGGAGGAGAGCUGCCCAAGACCCUGACUGAGAUGUACAUCCACUUCCUGGUGGUUCAGUCCAAACUGAAGAACAUCAAGUAUGAUGGAGGAGCUGAGACAGAUCCACACUGGAGUCCAGAGAGCAGGACAAUGAUUGAGUCUCUGGGAAAACUGGCUUUUGAGCAGCUGCAGAAAGGAAACCUGAUCUUCUAUGAAUCAGACCUGACAGAGUGUGGCAUCGAUAUCAGAGCAGCCUCAGUGUACUCAGGAGUGUUCACACAGAUCUUUAAAGAGGAGAGAGGCCUGUACCAGGACAAGGUGUUCUGCUUCGUCCAUCUGAGUGUUCAGGAGUUUCUGGCUGCUUUUCAUGUCCAUCUGACCUUCUUCAACUCUGGAGUCAAUCUGCUGUUAGACGAACAAACAUCCUUGUUGUGUUUUGCAUUUAGGGACAACCUGACGGAUCUCUACCAGAGUGCUGUGGACAAGGCCAUGGAGAGUCUAAAUGGACAUCUGGACUUGUUCCUCCGCUUCCUCCUGGGUCUUUCACUGCAGACCAAUCAGACUCUCCUAAGAGGUCUGCUGUCACAGACAAGAAUUAGCUCAGAGUCAAAUCAGAAAACAGUCCAGUACAUCAAGAAGAAGAUCAGUGAGAAUCUGUCUCCAGAGAAAAGCAUCAACCUGUUCCAGUGUCUGAAUGAACUGAAUGAUCGUUCUCUAGUGGAGGAGAUCCAACAGUCCCUGAGAUCAGGAAGUCUCUCCACAGAGAAACUCUCUCCUGCUCAAUGGUCAGCUCUGGUCUUCAUCUUACUUUCAUCAGAAAAAGAUCUGGACGUGUUUGACCUGAAGAAAUACUCUGCUUCAGAUGAGGCUCUUCUGAGGCUGCUGCCAGUGGUCAAAGCUUCAAAUAAAGCCCUACUGAGUGUCUGUAACCUCUCAGAGAGAAGCUGUGAAGCUCUGUCCUCAGUCCUCAGCUCACAGUCCUCUACUCUAAGAGAUCUGGACCUGAGUAACAACAACCUGCAGGAUUCAGGAGUGAAGCUGCUGUCUGCUGGACUGAAGAGUCCACACUGUGAGCUGAAAAGUCUCAGUCUGUCAGGCUGUCUGGUCACAGAGGAAGGCUGUGCUUCUCUGGUCUCAGCUCUCAGCUCCAACCCCUCCCAUCUGAGAGAGCUGGACCUGAGCUACAAUCAUCCAGGAGACGCAGGAGUGAAGCUGCUGUCUGCUGGACUGGAGGAUCCACACUGGAGACUGGACACUCUCAGACUGGAUCAUGGCGGGAAACAGAUGUUGAAACCUGGUUUGAGGAAAUAUGCCUGUAAACUGGAACUGGACACAAACACAGUGAACAGAAACCUCAAACUGUCUAACAACAACAGGAAGGUGACAUGUGUGGAGGAGGAUCAGUUAUAUCGUGAUCAUCCAGACAGAUUUGAUUGCCAUCAACUGCUGUACAGGAAUAAUCUCCCACAUCGUUGCUAUUGGGAAGUUGAGUGGAGAGGAUGGGUUGAGAUCGGUGUCACUUACAAAGGAAUCAGAAGGAAAGGAAACAGUGCUGACUGUCGGCUCGGAAGGAAUGAUCAGUCCUGGAGUCUGAAGUGCUCUGAUGGUGGUUACUCUGCCUGGCACACCAACAGAGAAGUAGCAGCCCACUCCCCACCCUCAUCUGACAGAGUAGCAGUGUAUGUGGACUGUCCUGCUGGCACUCUGUCCUUCUACAGCGUCUCCUCUGACACACUGACCCACCUCCACACCUUCAACACCACAUUCACUCAACCUCUGUAUCCUGGGUUCAGGUUCUGCUCAUUUAACUCCUCAGUGUCACUCUGCAAGCUGUAGGGAGGGGAGUCUCCUCAUGCGUAGACCAAUUACAUUUUCCAUCAAAAUGUAUUCUAAAAACAAAUCAGCAGUAUACUGUAUGUUAUUUCUCAGAGAAAGAGUUACCAUCAAAUUCUGUAGACUUAUAAUAACAAAACCUACACCUCCUACCUCCUUUAUUCUUUGUGUUUUCUUACAAAAUAAAUUAUGAAUGGCAGAAACUGUCAGAUCCUGAUUGGGGUUGAUGGCGUGGGAAUUAACCACAACACCAAUAAUAUUCUUGCUUCUGCUGACAUUUUUAUCAGAAUACUUGUUUACUACUGAAUGGAAACAUACUGUAUAUAUACUUUUUUUUGGAAGUGAAAUAGUUGAAAUAAUGACCAUUAAGUACAAUGUCAAUUUCUAUAAAAUCACCUACAGAGAAUUUGUAAAAGUUGUAUGUAUUGAUUAAUUUAUGCAGUUAUAAUGUGCAUACUUUCUAUGAUAUGACCACAUCUGUCUCAUUGUACAACAACAAUUCAACCCCUUUUAUAUGAGCUCUUAAAUCACUGAACAAAAAAACAGACUUGUAUCACUGUUGCAAUAUUACUGAGUAAUACAACAAUUGUUUAUGACCAUUGUUUGUUCAUGUACAGCUGCUGAAAUCAUUGUUCACUGUGAACACUGUGAGACAUACACACAUGAACAUGGUGGUUUUAACAUCACUGCUGUGAAGAGCACUAACACUGUUACUCAGCUGUUGCCAGUAGGUGGCGGUAGCAACAAACAAAUGUUAUCAACGUCUUCAAAAUAAAAG